AUGGAUGCCACACUACCCAUGCAGGUAGCAGAGGUAACAUCACCAGCCACGAGUGACCAGACCACUUACCAUCAGGUGAGCCGCAUGCUCGUUUGCCCCCUCUCCUAUAAAAAAAAUCGGCAAAGAGGAAGGAGUACAUCUCGUUAUCGAAACUUUAGAAGACCUCGUUCAAGUUCCAACCGACGAACACCUGAGAGUCCCGAUUGGCUCUGUUCGUUCCACUUCCGUUACCGAGAGAGAGCACGCCAUUGUGAACAGCCAUGCACAUGGAAGAAGCAACCGGAAAACUAG